AUGGCCUCAGGUGGCGGGGAUGGCCCGGGGAAGGUUACACAGUACCGGGUGGAACACCUCCUCUCUGCGGUGGAGAACGAGCUACAGGCGGGCAGCGAGAAGGGCGAUCCUACGGAGAGACAACUCAAAGUCGGCUUGGAUGAGAACGAACUCUGGCAGAAGUUCAAGGAACUCACGAAUGAAAUGAUAGUAACCAAAAAUGGCAGGUAAUCCAUUCAAUUGACAUGUUUUGUAUAUUUAUGUAUAUGGUUCAUAUAUUGUAUUAUUUUCGGUUACUUUACGCGUAUUAUUUAUAGUUCGGCAACAUGCUAAAAUUCUUGUGCCAAAUGGAACUAGAUGUAUAGCCUAUUAUCUAGAACGGUUGUAGGUCUUAAUUUAUAUAGUGAAGAAAGCAGGUAGGCCUAUAUCACAAAUAUAUAGCGUCAAACGCGUCUAUAACAUUGCUGUGAUAUCACAGUAAUAAAGAAAACAAAGAUCGCACACCUCAAUUCAUGCAUUAUAUUUAGAGUUUUUCUGUAACACCCAGGUUUACUAAUAUUCACAUAUAAAGUGAACCACGUGUUCGCUUGACAUUAGUAUCAAUAAUGCCCCUAUUGUACAAUAGAUUAUAGCUAUUGUAUUACAGCCAGUAUGAAAAAUGUAUGCACUCACUAACUGGAAGUCGCUCUGGAUAAGAGCGUCUGCUAAAAUGACUAAAAUGUAAAAUGGAUGAGAUAUUCUAUCUUCCUUUGCAUCCAAGGCGCAUGUUCCCGGUGCUGAAAGUGAAUGUUUCUGGGUUGGAUCCAAACGCCAUGUAUUCGUUCCUGCUGGACUUCGUGGCUGCGGACAACCACCGGUGGAAAUACGUUAAUGGGGAGUGGGUUCCCGGGGGCAAGCCCGAGCCUCAAGCCCCGAGCUGCGUAUACAUCCACCCGGACUCGCCAAACUUCGGAGCGCACUGGAUGAAAGAUCCGGUCUCAUUCAGUAAAGUCAAACUCACCAACAAACUCAAUGGAGGAGGCCAGGUUAGGACGAUAACAGUAAUCACUUCAAAUUACAUUUUAUAGACUUUUGAGUGCUUGUGUUUUUUCAAUGAUUAUCACUUAAAUAAUAUAUGCCAUUUAGAAGAUGCUUUUAUCCAAAGCGAAUUACAGUCAUGCUUGUAUACAUUUUAGGCUAUGUGGUCCCGGAACACUCAUCAAUUACAAUUGUCGAUUGAAAGAAAAGGUAUAUUUCCAACUGUAACAGAAAGCCUAUUAUUUAACUUUAGCUUUAUUUUUGGUACAUUUUUCAGAUCAUGUUGAACUCAUUGCACAAAUACGAGCCACGUGUCCAUAUCGUGCGAGUCGGAGGGCCGCAGAGAAUGAUCACGAGCCACUCCUUCCCCGAGACGCAGUUCAUAGCCGUCACUGCCUACCAGAACGAAGAGGUCAAUUGUUGUUUUACUGUAAUACAUUAUUUUAUAGACACUCUAAUGUUAAUAGUAAUGUGUGGGUUUUUUUUUGGGUCAUGCAUAACAAUACGAAUAAGUAGGACUAGAAGUGCACAACGUUGUAGACAUUUUGUUUUGGUAGGUUUUAGUGACAGGAUAUCAAACAAUCUUGUUUAUUAAGAUUCAUUAUUAGGUUUUUACCAAUUUUACAUUGUAUUUUUUCACUCCACAAUUUAGAUAACCGGUCUGAAAAUCAAAUACAACCCGUUUGCCAAGGCCUUUCUGGAUGCUAAAGAAAGGUAGGGCAGUUGCUUGCUCCAUUUUCUGCCCAUGAAAUAUAUAUUUUGUUAGAUUUUAUUUAAAAUAUAGAAGAUAUUAGUGAGCCUAGACUACGUUGUGUGGUUCAGUGGUAGAUUGGGAACAAGUGUUCCGUAGACAUGCUCUGAUUGGAAUCCCUCUCCACAGACCUGAUCAUAAAGAUGGUAUGGUUGACAGUGGCAACCAGCAGUCAAGCUACUCUCAAUGUAAGUGUUUGUACUUUUUUUGUGAUCAGCAUUUAUUCAACAUAUUUUUUUUUUAAAAUGGGAUUGAUACAUAUAAUAGGAUUUACAGACAGCACACUGGAAAUGUAAACCCUGACUAAGUAUUUUACUUUGAUUCUUUACUUUUAGUUCUCACUUCUUCAAUUUGCAAGAAAGCAUAUCAACUGCAGUUGUAAAAAAAAAGGCUUUAAAAAAUAAAUGUGAUCGAUUUAACACAUAGAAGAUAUAAAACUCGUAACAUAACAUGUCUCCAUGUUUCCCUGUGUUCCCACCAUACCACAGUGAGUGGAUGGUUCAUCCCAGGCCCUCCUUCUAGCCCUCACACCCAGUUUGGGAGCACCUUGUCCCUGUCCUCGUCCCAUGGCUGUGACCACUACUCCACUCUGAGAAAUCAUCGCUCCGCUCCCUACAGCAGUCCCUACACCCAUCGGACCACCUCCCCUAGUGAGUGUCUCACUCCCCUGUCCUCCACCACCCCUCCACAACCUCUCUACCACUCUACCCCCGCUCCCAACACCCCUUCCCUUCCCUUCCCUUCCCAUCCAGGAUAUAGCUACCAACACCCCUUCCCUGCUCCUCUACCCAUCCAGGGCAUAGCUACCAACACCCCUUCCCUGCUCCUCCACCCAUCCAGGACAUAGCUCCCAACACCCCUUCCCUGCCCCUCCACCCAUCCAGGGCAUAGCUACCAACACCCCUUCCCUGCUCCUCCACCCAUCCAGGACAUAUCUACCAACACCCCUUCCCUGCUCCUCAACCCAUCCAGGACAUAGCUACCAACACCCUUUCCUCCUCCUCUACCUCUAUCCAUCCUACCAACACCCCUUCCCUUCCCUUCCCCUUCCCUUCCCUUCCCUUCCCUUCCCUUCCCUUCCCUUCCCUUCCCUUCCCUUCCCUUCCCUUCCCUUCCCUUCCCUUCCCUUCCCUUCCCUUCCCUUCCCUUCCCUUCCCUUCCCUUCCCUUCCCUUCCUUCCUUUCCACCCCACCAUUAACAAGAAAGUCAAACAAAUGUGGCUGACCAGGAGAUGUUCUGCAUUCCUCCAGUCUUUGUGAGAGCAGGACACUCACAACUGUAAACAGCUGGUCUUCCAACAGGGAAUGCCUGGACAGAUGCAUAGUCAGUCACCCUCAACUUCUUCAACCAGUACUGUCAACGUGUGUGAACUGAAGACACCCCUAGAAUGACAUUUAGUAGGGAGCAAUUGACCGGAUUCAAAGCCUCUUUAGCCCCUUUUCACGAGAGAGAACGACAAAAUGUAUACCAGAAGAUAUGUUUCUGUUUCUGCACUUCUUUGUAUGACCUCAUGAUUGUUGUAUCUCCCGUGGUUGUUCUGUUGCAGUUUGUAGGAGCCUUAUGCUCAACAGGCAGCACAGAGGACUAACUAACUAACUAACUAACCUACUAACUAAGUAACUCAUUCUUGGUGCAGGCCCCAUGGUCUGGUGAUUUAGGCAACAGAGACCCGGGUAUCAUUUCAUCUCCCCUGUUGUUUGUAAUAAAGCAAAGAUGCCCUAAAAAAAAAAAGAAGGAAUCUUUAAAAUAAAGUCAUGAUUGGUUGUGUUGCAGCUGGUUACUCUGAUAGCUCCUCUGGCUGUCUGUCCAUGCUGCCCUCCCAUGACAACUGGUCCAGUCUGCAGAUUACGUCCCACUCCACGAUGCUGCCCGUGACCCACUGUAGCGCCGCUGGGACGAACUCCAGGUCGGUCGGUGCUCUCUCUCUCUCUCUCUCUCUCUCUCUCUCUCUCUCUCUCUCUCUCUCUCUCUCUCUCUCUCUCUCUCUCUCUCGCUCUCGCUCUCGCUCUCGCUCUCGCUCUCGCUCUCGCUCUCUCUCGCUCUCUCUCUCGCUCAUUCGUACUGUAGGGAUCUUUCAAGUAAAGUAUUACCAUGUAUUAUUAUAAGCCUUCUGUUCUCUCCUGUCCUCUCUGUAUCCAGCCUGUGGUCCGUCAGUAACCCGUCCCUGACCCCUGUCUCCCAGUCUGGGGGGAUAUCCAACAGCUUAGGCUCCCAGUUCCUGCGAGGCCCCAGUGGUAGCCACUAUCCUGGGCUGUCCCACUCUGUCACAGCGCCACCCGGUGGAUCCCCGCUGUAUGACGGCAGCACAGCCACAGAGGUGCAUGAUAGUACGACUCUAUCGCAUUAUGAUACAUCACCGCACCGUCACACACAACUGACAACAGUAUGGUCUCCUGUUACACCUCCUUCCCUGUAG